AUGAUUCAUAGCAUUACCAUUACCACGACCUCAGAGAACGUUGUUCAAUCACUCAAAUCUUCAAAGCUUUCUCAUGAGAGCAAACUAGCGAUAGCGCUUAAUACAUGGAAUUCGCCUGAUAUUAUAUUUCCCAAUAAGGGAGAAUAUCUGGCGGAAUGGGGAACCGUACGUAAUGUGAGGACAGAAUACGUUGCCACUGAACAACAAAUUACUCAUCAGGUCACUGGCACUGUGACAGUCGCAACUGAAUGCUUCCGAUUACUUGCCGAGUCUCAACAUAGACUAUUCAGACCUUCAUUUGAGCAUCUGACGGCUCUGUUCCUAAAUGUUUGCACUUUGUAUAAAAGAGAAGAUAUCAUGACUGAAACAGACGAACAUAUGGAAAAGAUAUUAAUUGAAUGGUUGUUCACCGCAGCAGAUUUUUACGAGAAAGCGAUCAUCGCAGCGACAAACGCGCGAAAGGUGUAUGACACGGUUGUUAUAAAACUUCUAAAACCGAUGCUCAUAGCCAAUUAUUCGCUGCAUGUACUACGAAGUCAAUCGAAAAACGCAGAAAUGAUCGAGGCAACAAUUAUGCGAUUUGAAAAUAUUGUCGGAAUUGCUAUUUUUAUACAGGAUUUUAUCAAAGAACAACUGCCAAAUACCGAUCAAGAUGCUCCCGGAAAGGUGUCCAAAGCCAAUCCUCUCACUACUAGCCUGCUCGACGUCAUAUCAAAUAUAGCCGACUCGGCUACUAUUUUUGACAAAGAAGCCAUUGCAUGCCUUAGCAGUCUUCCUGAUCUACUUACCCGUAGUCUCUUACGCCAGCCAGCAGACCGUAAUGCGGCGCGCAGUUUUGUCUUGAAAUUAUGGGCUAAAGUGAGCAACGCAUUCAAUGCUAUGUUGAAAGACAAUAGUGAGCUCAACGAUAUCAUACAAGCAAAGCGACGGGUUUUUGAAACCAUCAACAAGCUUUUGCGGAUUUUGGAGAACGAUUUGUACAGACCCGGAGACGAUGCCAUACAUGAAGUCAAGUGUUUCCUCGAAAAUCUUUCCAGACUAGUGGGAGUGAGCACAGAGAGAUUAAACAAGAUCCGUCAUCUUCAGCGAGAACUUUUAGAAUUCUUAGCGCUCGUCCUAAAGAUUAACACCAAGAGUGUAGAAACACACUUGACGCAGAUAUGGCCGAUCAUCUUGAUGUCUGCACAAGAUGUUCGUGCGGAAGCCUCUACAUUUGUACGGUUGCUUCUCACUGUUUAUUCCAAGAGUCACACGUUGAACUUGUAUUUGGUGAGCUUGCUCGAAGCAAUUGGUACCGUGGAAGUCACAAAUAAUUGGAUGACAGUAUUAAAGAGUGUGAUUUAUAGCAAUGAAUAUCUGGGCGAGUUUGCAGUAUGUGUGUCAACUCAACGCGAAGAUGAGGUGCUUGAACUGUUAUCAGUCAUGGACCAACGAUUUCAGCGAGUUUACUCGGAAAAUUUGGAAGCGAACAAUUUAGGACUCCCGUUAGAAGGAUGGAGGAACUCGGGAAAUAAUAAAUCAGACCGUGGAAGCUCCGCUCAACUCGAAUUACUGAUACCAAUAUUCAUUCCAUUUUUACGCUCCAUUAAGUUGGAUUCAUUUCACGAAGCAAAAUUCGACACUAUAUAUAGAAAUUUUUUUAAAAAUUAUGUCUCCCCCAUAAUUGGGCUUGCUGAUGUUGAACAUUCACAUAUGGCUCACUUUAUUUAUGCUGCUCUUUCCAUUCAUUUGGCUCUUGCGGAAAUAUGUGGAACAUAUUGGGUCAGUUUUGCCCAUGCCACUUUUCGGAUAAAGAGUUGGACAUUAAACGAUCCUAGAGCCAAGGUUUUAACCUAUCAAAUCUUUAUGCAUCAUAUCAAAGUGGUAAUUAAUGCACACUCACACAACUUUGCCCAAGCGGAUGCAAAUGUCCAAAUCAAUUAUGUGAAAUCAACGUUAAUCGCGGAUGUACUGGAAACAAUCCAGAUGCCUGAUCCUAAAAUUACUUGGAGUGGAAAGAUAUGUGAUAUUAACGCGGAUAACUACACACUCGCCGUUGCCAAGGUCUUUUUUGUUGAUUGGUUGGACAUUGUUUGUGAUAACGGCUCAAAGGAAAGUGCUGAGCGCAUAACCCGAUUCAUAGUUAGAUGUUAUAUGGAUAGUUACUAUAAUAAUAACAAUACUCUUGAAUAUACUCUGAAGACAUUAUGUUUGGAAAUUUUUGGAUCAGCUGAGUUCUAUGAACUGCCUACGAUUAAGAAAGUCUUUUUCGAUGUAUGUCUUAAGGAGAUGCUAUUUGUUGUACCACGGAUCACGAAAUCGCCAUCGAGACUAUUUUCUGACUUGGAACUCAUACUGUCCUUGAUCUCUACGUCAAAGGAUCGUCGAUCCAUAUUUAGUGACGCUGAACACUUAUUUUCAGAGACUGCCAGCAUAACUCCGGUUCAUUGCGCUAAGAUGACAGACACCAAUACCGAACUUGAUUCCGAUGACUCGGAAGAUCCGCGAUUCAAUCAGGAGGCGGACGGAAGAUUGAUAAUUAGCGUUCGAUUAAGAACUAUUAUCGAUUUAUUACAGUUAUUUCCAUUAAGUUACUUUACCAGAAGUCAAAGAGAUGGACUUAUGCUUACUGCAAUAGUGGUUGAAAGAAUGAUUGAAGAUGGAGGAUUGGAAUGUGCAAAAACAGCACUCGCAUGUCGAAAUAUCGUUUUGAAGUUGGUCGAAUAUGGUACACAAAGCAUAUUGAGCCAUUCUAUGACGUAUUUUAAAUGGUGGAUCACAUCUAUCACUAUUAACGAACGGCGACUUUAUCAAAUCGCUGAUGCCAGCGAUAACCAAGACGCUAUCACGUGUCUUCGCGAUGAGUUGUUUAACGUUUCAACCAGUGUAAUCUCCAAGACGACGCGCCGAAUUCUUGAAAGAUCGCAGGAUGUUUAUAUGAUUAGCAUUAUCGAAUUUCUCAAGUCUUUGUCUCCAAAAAUCAAAUCUGAUGUUAUCAUGGCUGAAGAG